AUGGUGUUAAGACGUACUGAAACUCUUACAGUAGACGUGUCAUUGUUAGGAGAAAAACUACAUUUCAAAACUUCUGGAAGAUACGCUAAAAAUCGGUUCUUAAAGGCACGAAUUUUAAGUAAUACACUAGCUGCUUAUGUAAUAAGAAAUUAGAAGACAAUUUUUUAAAAUCUGUUAAAUGCAGUUUAAACUUUUUUCUUUUAAUACAAAAAAAAAUAACUUUUAGGCAGCUUUAUCUGAAUCUUUGGCUACAUGGGAUCGAAAUGACGCAAAGAAAGUUGGUUUAACAACUCCUUAUCUCUUGAAUCUGUAUGAAAAAUGGGGCCAUGGUGGUUUUGGACUUGUACUAACUGGCAAUGUGAUGGUAGAACAUAGACAUCUGGAAACAGCUGGCAACCACGUCAUUAGUCAAGAAAGCUGGAGUGAUGAAAAAGUUAAAUCAUUUAAGUAAGCAAAUUUUUUAAUGAAAGUUAACUUGACAUUUUCAUUUUAUUUUUUUUUGGGUCUAAAUUGUAAUAUAAAACUCAUACAAAAAAUAACAAAAAUUUUGGCAAUUUUAGUCAGCUAGCCAUUAACAUUAAACAAGAUGGAACUCUGGCCAUAGCUCAGAUUGGCCACGCUGGACGCCAAACUCCAAAUUCAGUAAAUCGAACACCAUUCUCAGCAUCUAAUGUUCAACUCGACGGUAUCAAACGAGGUGGAAAUACUUAUGGACGUCCAAUUGCAUUAACACUGACUCAAGUUCAGACAGAAGUUAUUGAUCGUUUUGUUUUCACGGCUGAAAAGUUAUAUGAAGCUGGUUUUGAUGGAGUCCAGCUACAUUCAGCUCACGGAUAUUUAUUAGCUCAAUUUAUAUCACCAACUACUAAUUUAAGAACUGAUCGGUACGGUGGAAAUGCAGAAAAAAGAGCUCAGAUUCUGGUCGAUAUUUACGAUGCAAUACGGUAUAUUUUUGUCUACAGAUUCAAGAUUGCGGUCAACACCUUAAGAGUUCCUUAAAUUUAAAAUGUAAUUACAAGUUUCAGAGCCAAGAUACCAGCUUCAACAGGAUUUGUGAUUGGGAUAAAAUUGAACUCUGUUGAAUUUCAAAAUCAUGGUUUGGGGAUCGAUGACGCUAUUACUACAGCUAAGAUUGUUGACGUAUGUUUAUAUUCUAAUCUUGCUUGUACAGUUUUAAAAGGAAUUUUGAGACGUUUUUUUACUUUCAGGCAACCGGCUUUGACUUUAUUGAAUUUUCCGGUGGGAACUAUGAAAGUUGGCAGAUGGAUGUAAGCGAAUCGACAAAAAAAAGAGAAGGCUUUUUCGUUCAAUUUACUGAAGCUAUCAAACCACAUCUUAAAAAUACGGUAGUAUACGUUACCGGUGGCUUCAGAACGGCCCCAAAAAUGAUUCAAGCCAUAAAAGAGAAAUCUACGGAUGGAAUUGGCCUUGGCCGACCAAUUUCAGCCGAACCCGAUCUACCCGCGAAAAUAUUGACCGGUAGAGUAAUGUCAGCCUCUUAUAAUCCCGUAGAUACGGAUUUUUGGUACGGUUACUGCGUUUGUGUGGGUCAAAUGGCACAAGCUAGUGUAUUGCCGUUUUCUAAAUGCUGUAAUGACCCGAGUUAUGGUAUUAUGGACAAUAGUGAUCCCAGAGAAUUAGACGAGUUUUUAAAAGAAUAUGAAAAGUUUCACAAAGAAGAAUCUAGAAGAUUAUUAGAGGAAAAUGAACCUACUAAGGGCGUGUACUUUUAUAAACCAAGAUUUUUGAAUUAUUUGCCGUCUAAACUGUGAAGGGAAUACUUAGAUAUCAAUUAAAAUAGGAAACAUUUUUUGCUUUUGAAUUUCAAUUAAAUUUAGUUUUAUGAGUUAAUAAAUCUAUCAUAUAAAAAAGGUGUGUUUUGAAAUAAUUCGUGUAAAAUUUUUUAGACUGCUCGCGCUUGUUUCGGGCGCAGCCUGAGAGCUAAAAUAAAUCUUUUUUACAGUUUUGGAAACGAAAGUAUUUUCUUUUUUAUAAUAUUUGUAAAACAAAUAAAAUAUAUACAUAUAUCAUAUUUUCCUGGUAUGUUUUAAUUAUCUUUUGAUAAAUAUGUACUUUCUUUCAAAACUUCUUCUUAGCCUACGUUUUUAGAUGCUAGACGAUAUUCUUCGUGAGUUCGCUCAAAUUACAAUUGAAGAUUUUGUUGAAAACCUUCCAGUAAGAUCAAGUAGACUGUCAAAACAAGAGAAGGCUCAAAAACAUUAUGAAAAAGUAAAGCAAUCCAGAUUGAUGAAACGGGGUGAAGAGCGAAAACGUCAACGACCUGCUAGAAAACGACGACAAAAAAUGGAGAAGACAGUUUUGGAAGGGGGAUUACAAGUAUGUUGAUUUUUUUUUGUUCUUAGCUUUAGGAAAGUAAUACGGAAUUUUGAAUUGUUUUGAAGUGUUAUUUUUGAUAUCGAAUAUGGAAAAAGUUUUAUUAUUUGAUUUUUAGUUUUUGGGCCCAAAAUCUGUCUUUUUAUCUUUUAAUUUAGAUAGCCAUUGAUUUCUCUUUUGUAAACUUAAUGAAUCGAAAAGAAAGUUCUCAUUUGAUACGGCAAAUUGGCCGAAUUUGGGGUCUUCAAAAGCAAUAUCAUGGGCUUGAUAUCCGACUGUUUGGCCUCACUUCUGAGUUUUCUUGUCAAUGUGAGAAACUCCUUAGUGGUUUUUCUGAUUUUAAGUGGAAGACUUACCAGGAAACAGUGCAAGUUGUUAAUGGUGACAGUGAAGAAAUGUUUGUUUACUUGUCUCCAGAUGCCAAUGCUGAACCAUUGAAUUUUUUGGAUAGUAAUGUCACUUAUGUAAUUGGUGGUAUUGUUGACGAGACUGGUGUUGGAAACAGGACAUCGUUAAAAGCGGGUAAAUAAUGGAAUAAAAAAAUUAUGGUUUGUUUAAAAAGAUAUAUUAUUUAAUUUAACAAAAAGUUUUUGAAAUUUUGCGUCUUUUAAAGUUUUUAUUAUCAGAACAAUCAAAAAAUUAGUAAAUAUUUCAGAAAGAACGGGACAUAAAUUUUAUCGGUUACCAAUAUCAGAAUAUUCUCAUCGAACCAAAGAACCUGGAUCAUGGACAUUUAAUCAGAUGUUAGCUUUAAACCAAGUAGUUGAAGCUUUAUGUUUAUAUAAAUGGACAAAAGACUGGAAAGUAGCUUUUAAAGGUGUUGUUCCUUGUCGUACGGGGUUUAUUUUUGAAUAA